AGCAGUCACUGAGAUCUCGCCUGUGGUGAGGACGUCCAGCAGAAGUGCAUUCCUGAGGCAGCCAGCAACAAAAAAAAAAAAAGAAAAGCCAAUCAGGACAAAACAGAGGCACCCUUCAAAUUCCCAUCUGACUGACCUCUGCUGGACUCACAUGCUUCCUCACAGACUCACUGUCAGGCUUCCUCGCACACCAGCCGAACAGCCGGCACCGCUGGCCGGGGAGAAGGGGAGGCUUUCCCCGACGGAGGUAGAAGGAGGGAGAAAAUAAAGGCAGACUGGAAAUUUAAAACACUAAGAAGCAGCAAGUGGGCCAUGCAGCGGUAAGCUGUGCCAAGCUAAACUGGGCUGAUCUGCUUCGAGGACCGUCUAACCCCCCCCCUCUCACCCAGUCCUGGUUGGUCCCAAGAUGGAGCUCAAAGUGUGGGUGGAUGGAGUGGUGCGGGUGGUCUGCGGCCUGUCUGAAGAAACGUCCUGCCAAGACGUCGUCAUCGCGUUGGCGCAGGCCAUUGGUCAGACGGGCCGAUAUGUUCUUAUCCAGCGUUUGAGGGACACCGAAAGGCAGCUUUUGGCCACAGAGAGGCCCCUGGAGUCCUUGGCAAAGUUGGGUCAACAUGGCAGCGAGGUCCAGUUCUUCCUGCGGCGUACUGGCCCCAGCAGCAGCGACGGGCCUAACUCAAAACAAGAAAGACAGUCUCCACUUCCGCUGCCCAAGCAUCCUGAGCCAGAGCCUCUGAAACGCAGCCAACCUAAGAAAGCGCUAACGUUUAACUUGGGGCCCUCCACUUCCCCGAAAACCAAGGCCAAACAGUUUAAGAGGUCUCCAAGGGACUCCACAGAGCAAAGAGCCUCUCCAUCCUCCUCACCUACCCCUGCACCAUCACUUUCUCCCUCACCUCCCAUGGGACCUUCUAAGGAGGAGGUCUUUAGAAAAGUUCGUCAGCAACAGGAGAGACUGAGAGCCUUGGAGGGUCAGCUAGACUCCGUAGAAAGGGAGUCACAUUCCUGGAAACGUCCCUACCCCUCUCCAAGCCACUCGCCGGUGCCAGACUCCCACUUGCAAGAACAGAUUGAAGCCUUGGAGCAGACAAUGCGAAGGAACCAAGCCGAGCUCACCCACGAGCAGUACUGGGAGGAGGAACUUCAGGCGGAGGCGGACAAGGAGCGAGGGAUGAGGAGGAAGCUGGCGGACCUGCACGCCAAGCUCGACGACUGCGGGCGGCGGCUGCACGACUUCUCGGUCCGCUCUGCCCAGCUGGAGCAAGAGAUCCAGAGGGAGAGCCAGGCCGCGAGCAAAGCCGGCGGCACCGAGGAGUCACUCGACGCGGUGGAGGCGGAGCUGCGGAUCCAGGAGAGGCAAGGGGCCGAGUUUGAGGAGCAGCUGUCAGAGGCGGACAAGGCUCUGGAGAAGGCGGAGUCUCUGCUGCAGGCGAAGCAGAAUGAGCUGGAGGACCUGAACAAGGAGCUGAGGCAGUGCAACCUGCAGCAGUUUAUUCAGCAGACGGGCGUCGUGCCGCCCCACAGCCAGUCACGCACAGAGCUGCAGGAGCAGCUGGAGCAGCUGGAGCAGCUGGAACUGGCAGCAGGCCGCAGUGCAACUCCUGUGGAAUUUCCUCUUCGUCCGACGGCCAAACAGUUUCUAGGACAUCCGCGGAACCUGCAGAACCCUCUAGUGUCCAGUCUCAACCCUGAGGUCCUCACAUCCCGAGAGUCGUCAUGGAGAUAAAACACGGACCGCAGGGCCAAGGGAAAGUUUUUUUUUGUCUCACCAUCGCCUCUUGUUUAACCCCUUUUGCUUCCUAACAUUUCCAUUCAUUAUUAAUUUACUCACACGUACUUUAUAUAAAUAAGAAAAGAUAUAUUUACAAAGUUUUGCUACUGUAAAACAUUUCAAAGCUAUCUGUACGAAAUGUAAAAUAACUUAGGAACCUUUGACCAAUAGAGAUUAUUACAAUUCCUGUGUAUUUAAAUAAUAAAAUGUGAAUCGUGUUUUAGA